CCACCAUCUCUCUAGCUGUCGCUUCUCAAUCUUCUCUUUCUUCUCCCUUGUUUCGUCUCUCUCUCUCUCUCUUUGUCCAACCAAUCAUUCCUAUAUAUACGUUCAUAUAUUUUUAUAAUUUAAUUACAAACCGCCAUACCAAAAAAGACGUAUGUGUAUAUAAGAAACCAUAAGCUUGUCUUUUAUUCACCUAAUUCAACAUCUGCCUUUGAGCUCCAUCGAAGAUGAUGAAAAUGAAGAGUUUUCUUGGUUCUAGAUUAAAGUCUUCCUCUGCAAGACAAGGAAAUUCCGAGAAGGAAUGCUCUCGUAGCUUGACGUGCAAGCUAAGUGUUAACGAGGAGUACAAGGAAGCUUUCAGGACAAACUCCUACUUAGAGAUUCGAACAAAAGCAGAAGAUCAAUUAGGGAUAACAUUCUGUAGCAAACUCUCUUCUUCUUCUUCUCCUUCUUCCACGACUUCUCCUUCAUCCUCAGAUAUUAGCUUCCAUUCUCACUUCACCGAUUACUUGCUCGAACCUCCACAAGAUACUCUCGAUGCCCUAAUGCAAGACUCGCGUUUCCACAAUCUUCUUGUUAAAUUCUUCGACUUUAGCUCCGAGGCUUGUGAUGUGUGUGAGUCUCUCCUUCAAUGCAUCCAACAAAUCAAGAUCAAUCACAACAAAAUCAAAAGGGUUAUCAAGAUCGGGAAAAGGGUUAGCAAUGGCGCUAAAACCGCGGAACGUUCCCCGGAAAAGCUCAUCGCUUUGAUAUUUCAAGAGCUUUCGAGAUUCGCCUUGCUUAAAAACCCUUUGUAUUGUAUCAUCAACGAAGCUCAGUUCCGCAGAGUUCAUGAUGCAAACUCGGAUUUGCUCGCAAGAUUGACAUCUAAAAGGAGAAGGAUCAAAAGAAAAGCCAGGUUCUUUAGAUUUUGCAAGAAGCUAGGAGGUUAUAGUCUAGUGAUAUCUCAUAGCGCCAUUGUUAUUACAUUGCUGAUCAUAGCACUGCACAGCAUACUCGGCGUUUUAGCAGCUCCUGCUUUAAUCGGUUUGUGCUCAUUGGGUCUUUUGAGGAAGAAGAAAGUGAAAAGAAACAUGAAGAAUAGAAGAAAGACCGAUACAACGCUAGAGGAGCUCGGGACACAAAUGGACAUUGCAGCUAAAGGAAUGUUCAUAUUGAUAAAUGAUUUGGAUACUUUGAGUAGACUUGCCGGGAGAUUAUGCGAUGAGAUAGAGCAUAGAAAAACGGUAGCUGCGAUGUGCGCAAAGAGUAGGAAGAUUGAGGUGUUAAAGGAAGCAUUGAGAGAGUUUAAUGGACAUGAAGAAAGAUUCUCAGAGCAACUGCAAGAGCUUGAAGAACAUCUCUACCUCUGUUUCCACACUAUUAACAGAUCAAGAAGACUAGUGUUAGCGCAAAUCACAGGACCGAGUUCUUGAUUCUUUGAUUCUUUUUGGUUCAUCAAAAUAAAAACACUUUUGUAGGGUUUAUGAAUUACUUAUCAUAAAAAUAAUAAACCUGUAAUAAUGUCUUCCAAAGUUUUCUUUAUGAUUAAUGUAAAACUGAGGCCAUGGAAGCAAGCUAUUUGAUUCUGUUCUUUGCUUGUAUUCUUCACUGGUUAUUAUGAUUCUUUCAUACCGUUUAUCAUUUUGGGG